AUGGCCGAAGCAAGCUCUCCGCGGUUGGCUAUCCCUGUGGUAGUUAUAGGCCCACAGUUCUGCACUCCUUCUCCGGUAGAUCUGAUAAUAGUCAAGAAGCCCGUGACCAUAUCAGAAGGCAACUUGGGGGUCACCGAUGUCAAGGGGAAAACCAUGUUCUACCUCAAAGGCAAGCUCUUGAGCGUUCCUGACCGCCGUGUCUUGCUUUAUGCUAAAGGCAACCCUAUCGUCUCACUCCGGCAAAGGGGAGAUAGCUCAGACUCCAAAGAUUUGCUAUUCAGUGCCAUGAAGUCUUCGCUCAUCCAGUUCAAAACCGAGUUAGAUGUUUUCUUAGCCACAAACAAAAAAGAACAUGUCUGUGAUUUCAAAGUGAAAGGCAACUGGUUGGAGAGAUCAUGCAUCAUAUCUACUGGAGUUCAACUAUCAUUGCUCAGGUACAAAUCAUGUGAGAAACACAGCUUGAAGAGAGUUGUGCUGGGGAAAGACAAGUUUGCCGUGAAUGUGUAUCCGAAUAUCGACCAAGCCUUCAUAGUUGCUCUCGUGGUCAUUCUCAACGAAAUCAAUGAGGACAAGGAUGACUGA